GUUUUUGCUUUGUCGUUAUCGAGUAUUGUGUGUAGAUUAAUGGUGGGGGGGCGAUUUAAUCCAUUUUAGAAUAAGGCUGUAAUGUAACAAAAUGUGGAAAAAAGUCAAGGGACCUGAAUACUUUCCUAAUGCAGUGUAUUUGGUUGGUACAGAUCAUACAAAGUAUUCCCCAUCCACUUUAGCUGUGACAGGUAGACAUGUUCUCUCUACAAGACAAUAUGUGUCCCAUGUAUAGUCUAUUACAGUGUAUUUCACUGGGGUUCUAUUUUGAAGGUUUCCUCGUUAACAUACGAACGUGACGUCAUCGUUUGUGCUGCUGGCAGAAUACUAGUCCGUUUUGUCGUUCUUUACUUCCUCCAAGCGAGUCAAUUUAAACGUGCACUUUCCUAUUUCGUUUUUUAGUUUUGCUAUGUCCAUGUAGUUGAAAGUACUCACUCAUUCGAAGUAGUCCCAACUUGGAGAGAAAAAAAACAAAAUGUUAACCCGCAGUUAGGAGACAACAUCAGUCCACUUGUUCUACUAAAUGUAAUUUAGCUGCAAAGUUGUCUUCAUUGAGUUUUGCAACCUUGCAAAGGGAAAUACAGCCCUUAAAAUUAUUUGUUAAACUCUACAUUAAAGUUAGUUAUGGCUGAUACUGAGACCGUUGUCGCUGCGGGCUGCUUGGAAAAGUCGAAGUGUUACGUGAAGACUCGAAAAGGAACAAUUCUCGCUGCAGAAAUACUCAUCAGUUUAAUCAUCCUAAUCUGCUAUGCUGCGUCAUUUAAUGGAUAUUCUGCGGUGGCCAUCUGUGAGAUGGUGUUCGCCAUCAUCUUCUUUGUCGUCUUCAUGAUGGAAAUGGACAAGACCAUUCAGGCGGUCAACUGGGUCUGGAGUGAUCUUUUCCGUACUGCUAUUGGUGCAGCCCUGUACACCAUCACCUCUCUAGUCUGUAUGCUUCGUGGAACAGGGGACGAUGCCCUUAUUGCUGGAGCGGUGUUUGGCCUGCUGGCUGGGAUCCUGUUUGCCUAUGACGUCUACACCAUCAUCCUUGUCAUCAAGAGCAACAGGCAGGAUACAGCAGCGCCCACUGAUGUUUAAGCCCUCGAAGAUAAACCCCAUCUUAGUCAUUGAAAGAAAAUUACAUUUGUGCAGGACGAGAUAGAAGUGCAGCAGAUUGGAAUGAAGUUUGAUGCUCAAAUGAAGAGAUUAAUAGCAGAAAUUAACCAAUGUUAGGGUCAGAAGAGAGAAACAUCUACUGUACUAUCUAUGGCUGACACAGAGAGGAUAAUGUUAUACUGCACUGAGAUCAUUAUGUUCAAAAGAACCAUGUAAAUUCCAGGAGGGAUUCCCUUGACAACCGCUGUUCCAGUCUCGGUGUACAAUUCUACCGUCCCAUUGUUCAAUCUUUAGUCUGGUGAAAAAGGGAAAGAUGUCAAUAUUAUGCAGCAUAAGGAGGUGGAAAGCUCUGGAAAGUUCACACUAGGACAUCGCCAAUUUUGGUACAAAUGGCAUUCUCUCUCUCUUUGUUGUCAUAAUUUCACCUCAGCGUCAUAGCCCUCUCCAUAACCCACUGUAAUAUAUUAAAAUUGUGCUGGUUGAAUUAAGCCAAAUUUUGCUUGCAUUUAGGCCUUGAUUUAAUCAGAUCGAGUGUUAGCCGGCAUAGCGGAUGUUUUGACAUAUGUUGGAGGUGUCACUGCAGUAUAAACUGACAAAUAGGUGAGAGGCUGCUCUUGUGUCACAAACCACUUCCUUCCUUAUUAAUCCUACUAAGUUAUAAAUUCAAAACGGCGAUAGAAAGUGUAGGUUAAUGCAUGUUUUCAUGUUCAUUUGGAUGGUGGGGAUUUGUAGCCUAUCAGUCAAAUCGAGAUAUAGACAAUGGAAACAUCAAGCAGUGUUUGAACUUGUAAAGUGGCUGCAUGGGAUUUGUCGGUUUCGUUGCAUCCAAUAGCAUGGUCCGAGAUAAACUAACACAAGGAGCCGCUUGUGGAUUUGACAGCUCUAACUCAGUUCCAUCUCCGACACACCAAAACACCGCUAUGCAGGUGUCUGCUAGUACGUAUCUGCUAUAGAAUCUAGCCCUUAGUCAAGGCAGAUUAAUUGGGGAGGACGGGCUCUUAGUACUGGCUGGCACAGAAUAAAUGGAUUGGUAUCAAACUCAAACACAUGGUUGCCAUGUGUUCGUUACCAUUCCAUUCACUCUGUUACAGCGAUUAUUAUGAGCCGUCCUCCCCUCAGCAGCCUCCUGUGCUGGAAACAUUUGUAGUGCCUUAGUUGCAUUGGUUGUUGUUUUGCCUCUUUUUCUACUUACCUAGCACUGUAAGGCCUACUGGCCACAAUUAACCCUGCACUCAUGGUAAGGUUUGAUGUUCAUUUGCCACCAAAUAACUUCUCAUGAGUACUCUUGCCAUAGGAAAAUAAUGGGACAACAUGUUUUCAUUAUCCUGGUUUUGAAAUAAUCUAAUUCAGGUCACGUGUGUUGCUUACCAGUUUUUCUUUGUGUUUUUUUUAACCAAUGAUAGAUAAGAUAUUUUAACGAGAUUUAAUGUUGUACAAGAGAAAUGUUACCUCAGUUAGUGCCCCCUUGUUAAAGUAUUUAGACAGUUUGUAUGCAGUUAUAGUAGUAAACAUUAAUAUUUUUAUUAUAGACUCGUAGAAAAACAACUCAUUUAGAAUGAGCAAUUAAUGAAAUGAAUUAGCAAAGAAGGGCAUUUGAUCAGUUAUGUGGUUGCAUUUCAGGAUGCCUAUGUUAUAAUUGUAAUAUGUUUUGUGAAUGUUAUCUCCAAAAUAUAAAGUACGUUUCUCAAGGAAGAAUUUGGCCUUAAUGUUUUAUUCCGAGGUUUAUAUCGAGGUUUUUAAUGUAUUUAUUCAUACUUUUGUGUUUAUUUGAAAUAUUGAGGCAUAUACACAAUGCUUUGCGCAAUAAAAGAAAGUUGUUAUUCAAUUAGGAACCUCUCUAAUAACUGUGUCUGCACAUUGUAUAAUCACAUUGUUAUAUACAUAGUACUUACUAAUGACUGUCUAUACUGGUUUGUGUCACUCACAAGUUCAAGGAUCUGAGUGCUCUCUCUUAAACUACCACUAGAUGGAAGCAGCUGCACUCUAAUUGGAACCUGACCAGGGCUCAUUCUGUACUUUAUAUUUUUUUGUUCACACAGGCCUAAAUGCAAUAAAAUCGAAUGCUGCAAAAUA